AUGGUUAUGAAAGUAGAAAGAUGCAACAUUAAUGCAACUCAUUUCCUACACGUCUUACAAAGUACUACAAGUUUAUUAAAUGCAGCCCCCACAAGCACUACGAGACACCGCAUCUUCUUUAUGGUUUUCCAUUACCAUCCAUGCAAAAAUGAAUAUCUCCCAUUCUUAUCUCAUCCUCCUGAUAGUUCCUCCACACUUUUCAAUUUCUACUUAUUAGAUCAUUAUGGUCAUUAUUUUCCCAACUGUCAUAUCAUAUAUUAUCUUUCGUGUUCGUUAUACAUUACAUCAAUAUAUGAAGACACUACAUGUUAG